UUUUAACCAUGGUUUCCCCGAGUCUUCAAAGCACUUGUUUAUCAGUUUAGUUUCGUGCUUAUUGACCUGCUUUUAUUAAUGUAAGUUUCAAUCUACCUUGAAUCCAAAUGCAUAUCUUCGAAUUGUAUUUUUGGUAAUAGACUUUAUGAUAUAGCAUAAUCAGCUUAUUUUUUAAAUGUAAUUAUGAAUUUAUUGAAGCUUUGUAAUAAGGAAAAAUGUUUCGAAUCUUCAAAGCGAUUUUUUUCCAUUGGUAAAAAGUUGUUUUCAAAUGGCGAAGUCGAUAGUGGUAGGAGAGACGUCUUGGACGACUUUGAGUCCACUGUCGAAAAUCUUGUUCCAAGGAAUCAGAGGAUAACCGGAACUCCUCAUCAGGUUUUUAUAAUCCAGCCUUACAUCAAAUGGGGCCCGCAGAAGUUGAGAAACACCACACCGGAGCUGCAACUGGAGGAAAGCGUUGCGCUCGUCAAGACGCUUCCCGGCUGGAAAGUCGUUGAUACGAAAAUCAUGUCAACCAUAAGUUUCGAUAAAAAAGCCUUUUUCAAUUCUGGCAAUCUUACCAUGCUCUCACAAUUGGUGAACAAACGAAAAGAGAUCACGGCCGUAUUUAUCAACGUCAAGCACCUUCAGCUGCACCAACACUUAGCUUUGGAAAACACCUUUGGCAUUCCUGUUUUCGACAGGUAUGGUAUCGUUAUCAAUAUAUUCAAAAGGCAUGCUAAAACUAAAGAAGCCAAGUUGCAAGUCGCUUUAGCCCAGUUACCUUAUUUUUGGUCGAGGAUUAAAGGGAUUCACAACGAGGAAGAGUCGUUCACGCCGAACGUCGGCAUCGGGUCAGAGACCUUCCAGCAUAUACGCCUCCGUUUGUUGAAAGAGCAAGAGAGUAAAAUCAAAAAAGAACUUUCAACUUUGGCCAAAAGCAGAGUUAUUCUCAGGAGCAAAAGGAAAGAGAUGAAAUUACCGACAGUCGCGAUUGUCGGGUAUACAAACGCCGGUAAAACUUCACUUAUAAAAUGCCUCACUGAGAGCGAGUCUUUAGAACCGGAGGACAAGCUCUUCGCCACUCUUGACGUGACCGUCCACGAAGGAAUGCUUGACAACAGGCUGAAAGUGCUGUACGUCGAUACGAUCGGUUUCAUAUCUGACGUGCCGUCGAACCUAAUCGAACCGUUCGUCGUGACUUUGGAAGACGCCGUUCAAGCCGACCUCAUCGUCCACGUCCAAGACGUGAGCCAUCCUGACAGAAAAGCGCAAUACGAUGAGGUCGUACGGACCAUAAAUAGCCUCGACGUUUCGGAAAAAGUCAUGAACAAUAUCAUCACAGUCUGCAAUAAAUGCGACAGAGUUGACGACAUCGAUGCUAUCAGUGAUGAUAGCGUGAUUUACACGUCUUGCAAGGACGGAACCGGAUUGGACGAGCUUAAAGCUACAAUCGAAAGGAGAUUAUUCGCGACUACUGAUUUGGCUAAGAUGAAAAUCCGGGUUUCAUCCGGUAGCGAAGAAUAUCAUUGGCUGUUCAAAGAAGCCGCAGUGUCGGACGUAGUCCCGGAUGAGAAAGAUCAACAAUUUGUCCUUUUGACUGUAACCAUACACAAAGUUAAAUUAGCUAAAUUCAAACAUAAAUUUAUCAAGCAGAAAAAUUAAUUUGUUUGAAAAACUAUAUUGUAUAUAAAUGUUUAUUUAUAA